AUGAUGGACGGUUACAUACAUGCUGGUCAGGUCCUGCCGGCUCAGACAAUUUUACAGCCGUUGCAGCAACCACUGAUAAUGGAUGCAAAUGGUGCAGCUCAACCGACCACAUUUGCUGUACAGGCUAGUGAUGGUACCUUGAUACCAGUGCAGUUGGCUACAUCUGCUGGUGGUGGCCAGGUUAUCAUGUUUCUUCCAAGUGCAGCUCAACAGACUAUAUACACCACUCAGCCUAUUGUGUCUGCUGCAGCUGCCUCUCUUGACCCUAACCUCACAUCCACUCAAGGGCAAAUUAUAGGGACAACAGGUGAAGAUGAGACGCAUAUCCUUCAACAACUGCAGCAAUCCUCACAAGUUCAGGUUAUCCACCAGGGUCAGUCUGCAUUAUCUCAAGCUGUCUCCAAUGCUCAAGUAGUUCAAGUUUCCAGCCCACAAUCGGAAACCGCAAUUGGUCAGCAAGGAAUAUCCACACAGGCACCUACUACAGUAUCACCUGGUGUUACUCCUGGUGGUGAGGAACCUCUUUACGUGAAUGCUAAACAGUAUCACAGAAUUUUAAAACGUCGGCAGGCACGAGCAAAAUUAGAAGCACAAGGUCGAAUUCCAAAAGAAAGACGGAAAUAUCUCCAUGAAUCUAGACAUAAGCAUGCUAUGAAUCGUAUUCGGAGCUCUGGUGGUCGAUUCUUUUCCCGUCCUUCCAGACAAAUGAAGAUUGCAAGACCAAGAUUUUAUCUAAUUGAUAUCCUUAUGUACCUUCGUGAAUUCAUCUUUUGA